GCUGCAGCCAUGGCCACCUGCGUGCAGCUCUACACCGGGGCUGGCAUGCCCGUCAUGGGGCUGGGCACAUGGAAGUCUGAAGCUGGGCAAGCAAAAGCUGCAGUGAUGGCUGCCAUCGAUGCCGGGUACCGCCACUUCGACUGUGCCUAUGUGUACCACAAUGAGAAUGAGAUUGGGGAAGGGAUCCAGCAUAAAAUCAAGGAAGGUGCUGUGAAAAGAGAAGACCUCUUCAUUGUCAGCAAGCUGUGGUCCACUUUUCAUGAGAAGUCUCUGGUGAAGGGAGCCUGCCAGAAGACUCUUGCCAAUCUGAAACUGGAUUACCUGGAUCUCUACCUCAUGCACUGGCCUAUGGGGUUCAAGGCAGGAGAGGAGCUCUUUCCUGCAGAUGACAAAGGCAUGGCUAUACCGAGCAACACAGAUUUUCUAGAUACAUGGGAAGCCAUGGAAGAGCUGGUGGAUGCUGGCCUGGUAAAAGCCAUUGGUGUCUCCAACUUCAACCAUGAACAGAUUGAAAGAAUCUUGAACAAGCCAGGACUGAAGCACAAGCCUGCAAAUAAUCAGAUUGAAUGCAAUCCAUACCUCACCCAGGAGAAGCUGGUGAACUACUGCCAAUCCAGAGGGAUUGCUGUGACAGCAUACAGCCCCCUUGGCUCUCCUGACAGGUCAUGGGCUAAGCCAGAGGAUCCUUCUGUUCUGGAUGACCCCAAGAUCAAGGAGAUUGCAGCCAAGUACAACAAAUCCCCAGCCCAGGUUCUCCUUCGCUUCCAGAUCCAGAGAAAUGUGAUUGUGAUUCCCAAAUCUGCCUCCCCACAGCGCAUUGUGGAGAACUUCAAGGUGUUUGACUUCAAAUUGACUAAAGAGGAGAUGGCAACUAUUUUCAGCUUUAACAGAAACUGGAGAGCCUAUACAAUGAGGAUGGGCAAAACUCACAAGGACUACCCAUUCAAUGCAGAAUACUGA